CAUCAGCACCAUGGUGGACAGCUGCUGCCCCAGAACCACCACGGCCAUUCCAGCUGGGCCUACCUUCACAUGCUCAAAUGGUGGCCGUUUCCAAAAUGGUAUCUGUUUGCCUAGUUCCUGCCGGAGCAGAACUUGGCAGCUGGUCACCUGCCAAGAAAACUGUCAGCCAUCCAGCAGUGCACCAAGUGGCUGUGAACCUGCUUGCUGCCAACCUACCUGCCUUCCGGCAACUUCUUGUGUUGGUUUUGCCUGCCAACCCAUUUGCUCCCGCACAGCCUGCUAUGAAUCUGGAACUGGUCAGUCUCCUUAUUUGGAACCCUCCUGCUUGGAACCCACCAGUUGUCAGGCAAAUUGCUGUGAAGCCAUCCUCGACCAGCAAAGCUCCUGCCAAGAACCUGUCCUUGUGUCCAGAUCAGCUUGUGGCCAAUUGGUCUCCUGUGAUGCUAGGUCCCAACAGCCAUCCUGCUCUGAGGUAAAUUCCUGUGCUGAAAAUUCUUGCCCACCAACCAUCUGUGCAGCGAGUCCAUGUCAGCUAACUUGCUGUCAACCAGGUUCAUGUCAACACAUCAAUGGUGAAGAUCAGACCUGCAAAUUAACUUAUUACCAACCCAUCUGCUACAUUUUCAAGACUUGCCCAUCGGUUCCCUGCAUGCCUGUUCCCUGCCAGCCAUCAACUUGUGUGUUCAGUUCUUGCAAUCCUACAUGCUACGCAUUGUCCCCUGGCUGGUCGCUUUGCUGCCAACCAGCUCCUUCCAUAUCUUUCAUCUGCCAGCCAGUGGCUAACUGCCAGCCCCCAUGUUCUGUAAAGAACCCUUGUAAACCAGUUUCCUGUGGCACCGUGCUUUCCAACCAACCAACUUGGGAUGGAUCCACUUCCUGCAACCAAGGUGGCUGCACACCCCCUUCCUGCCAACCAGCUUGCUGUGUAACAGGUUUAGGCAAAUCAUCCGGCGGUGGCUGCAAUGGUCUCCAACCAACUGCCCCAAGUGUCUGCAAAGCCAGCACCUGCUCGCCAACUUCCUGCCAACCCAGCCAUGAGUCCAACGUCUGUAAGGCAGCGCUUCACUGA